AUGGGCGUCGAGUUGGCUGCUUCGCCCACUCCGCCCGCCCGCGCGUUUCCGGCAUCGGCUUCGGAUUUCGACGCUGAGCUCGACUUUGGGGGGCCAGAUGGUCUCGAGGCCAAGGUCGUUCUUCUUGGGUCUCAAGGAGUGGGCAAGACGUCGCUCAUCCUGCGACUCACGACGGGAUCUUACUCCGCCAUCCCUGCCCCAGCUUCUCUCGAGGGCUCGCUCUAUAAGCGCAAACUCGUCCACAACGGUGUGCCUGUCAAAUUGCAGAUCUGGGACACCGCUGGUCAAGAGCGCUUCCGCUCCAUGGCGCCCAUCUACUAUCGCGGGGCGCACGUCUGCAUUCUCGUGUACGACACGACGGACCGCGAUAGCUUCAUGGAUGUGCGCUCGUGGCUCGACGAGCUCAACAGCAAGGCGUCCAAGGACAUGAUCAUUUACGUGGUCGCCGCCAAGACUGACCUCGAGGAUCAGCGCGUGGUUACGUUGGGCGAGGCACGCCGCACCAUCCGAACGUGGCUCAAGCCCGCGCCACCCGAGCCCGAGUUCCAGCUCGACCACAGCUCUCUCUCGCCGCUCACCUCUAGCCGCCUCUUCAGAAGUACCUCAUCACGCGCGAGGACGGAAUCAAGCUCUGGACUGUCGCCUCCACGUGCGCGCCCCCACUCGAUGCACGGCCUGGCGUCGCUGAUGGCCGCUGCCAGCGACUUUGCCGACUGGGACCCAUCUUCCUCUGGCGUGUCCACACCUGGCGGGCCAGCGCUCGUUUCCCCUACGCCCGCGCCGACCGUCCACUUUCCAUCCGACAUCACGUCAUCUGGACCAGGCUCGAGCGCGAGCGCCUCGGCCGUUACGUCUCCAUCCAGCAGACCCUCUGUCCCGCCCCGCAGGAAACGUGUGUCAUUUCACUCACCCGCGCCCCCUUCAGAGCCGAUAUCUGGCACCACUGCCGAAACAGCUGUUGCCUCGACUGCCAAUUCGACCUCGCGCGUGCGCCAGACAUCGAACCGGUUCUCGAUCUCGGGAUUCUCCGGCGUUUUAGGUUUAUCUCGCUCGCCAACUACGAGUGAAGCACUCGCCAAUCUCGAGCAGCUUGCCGAGGCGAACGACUUGCCUGCGCGUCAGACGAAUUCGCGCAGCUCCCUGUCACCGUUACGCACGCGCGUUGAGAGCUCACCCAUGCUCGGCAACCCGAAGCGCAGCGAGGAAUGGAGCCGCGGCUGGGGCCGAGGCGAGGGCCCCGGGGCGGCUGACGCGCUAGAGGAGUUUGGCGCCGUGGUCCGUUCACAUGAAAACGACCGCAAGGGCUCGAGUACCCGACGCCCUCGCGGCGGCAGCCUCGGCUGUGACUCGCGCCUGUAUGCCGACGCCCCGCGUGACGAGAAGCCGCCACAGUGGGGCGUCGACGUUGAGGGCGUGCGCCUCGGCGAGGUGUCCUCCCUGACGGGCGAUGGCGUCGAGCUUCUCUGCCGCUCGAUCGCGACCGUCCUCGUCGCGCGCAAAGACAAGAUUGAGCGCGAGCGCACUCUCCGCCGGAAAGACAGCGUCAUGCUCACGGACGCGAUCAAGAAGGACACGGGCAAGCCCAAGGGGCGCUACGGGUGCUGCACCUGA